GGGGAGUGUGUAAAAAUUCGUGUUCUCUAUCUCUAUUUUGGGAUCCAUCGACGUCUCUUUUUUUUUUCUUUUCCUUUUUCCCCAGCUGAGAUUUUUUGGGCUCCCAUCUGGGCUUUUUCCUUUUUUCCCCUAUUUCAGAGGAAUGAGUGUACAGAUCAAGAGAAUAACGUUACACUAGCGACACAGCGUUCGAUCGAUAGAGAAGCAUGGAUCGUGAAGAUCUUAGUGGACUAGUGCAAGCACAAACACAUUCCCCCAAUUCUUCGCAUGUGAAAGCCAACAUCGGCAAAUGCAAGGAAUCGAAGACCCCUUCAAGGAAAGAAACUGAACGCCGCACUGUUGGUGCAAGACCAGACAUCAUUCCAAAGUCAACCUCCACACCCAGUCCACACAAUAAAAAAGAUGCAGUAAAGCUGGAGGAGAGACAAAAGUUGGCAAAGGAAAGGAGAGAAGAGAAGGCUAAAUAUUUUGAACAACGUGACCAGGUUCAAGCCGCUAAAAAGUCCGAGUGGUUGGAGAAGGAGGAACGGGCCCGGCAGUCACGAGAGCAGCAGUUACAGGAUCGCAGGAGGAAGUUGGAGGAUCAGAGGCUGAAAGCAGAGAAACGCAGGGCUGCUCUUGAGGAGCGACAGAAACAGAAACUGGAAAAGAACAAGGAACGCUAUGAAGCUGCUAUCCAGAGGUCUACAAAAAAGACAUGGGCUGAGAUUCGCCAGCAGAGAUGGUCAUGGGCUGGAGGCCUGAGUGCCAGCUCCAGCCAGAGUCAGAGCCGAUGCUCAAUUUCUGCAGUCAACCUUCCCAAACAUGUGGACUCUGUUAUAAACAAGCGUCUCUCCAAAUCCUCUGCCACCCUCUGGACCUCCCCCAGCAGAACCCGUAGAAUAGAGUUAAGUCCUUGGGAGAGCAGCAUUGUAGACCGCCUAAUGACACCCACCCUAUCCUUCCUGGCACGAAGUCGCAGUGCUGUCAGCGUGCAGAGCAAAGAUUCCCGGUCACCACUGUGUCCUCGUUCAGCCUCAGCCAGUCCACUCGCAGUGUGCUCUCACCGGCCUCAUCGAUGCUCUGAAGGAUGGAGGGUCACAACCAGCACCCCUGACAUCACCCAGCGCCCACGCAAACGGGACUCCGCACCUAUUGAUAAGAAUAAGAAAGAGAAAAAGGACAAGGAGCGGGAGAACGAGAAGGAAAAAAGCGCCAUCACCAAAGAGAAGGUGCUGAAGAAGAGACAGUCAUUACCAUCAAUGCCAGCCAGAUGUGAGCCCAGUCCUACACUGAUGAAGCAUCGGACUUCUUCGCCCAGACCCCCACCAGCCAUUGUCAGUCCCAACACCCCAAAAUCCAGACCUAGAAGGGCACGGACGCCAAUCCGUGUCGAGGCGCGCGCCAAAACACCCGUUGUUGCAGACCAUGCCAGAGAGCGCCAAACCUCAUCUCCCAUCCCGUCAGUUGCUGUGCUGACCACGCCUGACACGCCCCCUCGUACAGAUAGACCAACCUCAGCGAUCUGUCCCUCCUCUGUUCCUGACCAGUCCCAGCCCAAUAUCAGCAUUCCAGCGGCUUCUCCAGCCCCCUCCCCUGCCAAGCCCAUUGCUGGAACAACUGAUCCAGAGGAAGCCGCCCGCAUUCUGGCUGAGAAGAGACGACAGGCCCGAGAACAAAGAGAGAGAGAAGAGCAGGAACGGAGGGAGCAGGAAGAGAGGGAGAGGGAGGAGCGGAUGGCACAGGAGGCAGAGGAGAAAAGGCAUAAGGAGGAGGAGGCACGGCUCAUGGCAGAGCAGCAGAGGCUGAGAGAGGAAGCUGAGCGUCUGCAGCAGGAGAAAGAGGCUCAGGAAAAAGCCAGAGCUGCACAAGAAGAGAAUGAACGUCUCCAGAGACAGAAAGAGGAGGCCGAAGCCAAGGCUCGGGAAGAGGCUGAGAGGCAGCGGCUGGAGAGAGAGAAACACUUCCAGAAGGAGGAGCUGGAGAGACUGCAGAGGAAGAAGCGUCUGGAGGAAAUCAUGAAAAGAACACGCAAAACAGACACCCCAGAGAAGAGGGACAUUAAGUCUUCUCCUCCUCCCCAAGUUAACGGUGGAAGUUUAAAACCUGAAUCAGAGAGCAAUAAAGCUUCUGAAGACUACCUUCCAAGCACAGAGCUAAAACAAGAUAGCCAAUCACAAAGUGGAAGGAAUGAAAGUUCUUCAACUCCUGUUAUCAAUGGUAUCCAGGCUCCUAAACAUGAGAACGGACUAUCAGGUGGUGAAGCAUCUCAUUUUGAAGAGGUCAUUCAGCUGUCCAAUCACAGUAGUGCUAACGGCAGUGGGCGGGAGAAGUCGGAGUCUGACACUCCUAAUGAGCCGAUUAUGGCUUUUGAUGGUGGGAACAGCUUUCUGAAAAAAGCAGGCACGAUGAAGCCUCAGCAUGUAGCAGAGGUGCUGUGAGCAUCAGCGCUGUUGAACAGAGGAGAUGUCGGACGUCUGCCUGACUCCCAGCUCCCUGCCCGAGGGUAUUGUGUGAUGAAGCACAGCCUGACUAGACCCUUGCCAACUCAAUCACUGACUGCUGUUUAGAUAGUCCAGAGCAUCAUCAUGCAUAGAACCUGCCCUAUGCAAAAGGGUGUGAUUACAAGAAGCCACUCUGCUGUCAAGCUUAACUAAACAAACGCUCACCAUCCCCAAGGUGCAUUCUGUCACUAUUUAUCAAAAAGCCCUCUCAACAGUCUGACUACGCACCUUAGGGCAGACCACUCCAUGCGUCGCCAUGAUCACCAGAGCAAGCACACAAACACACACACACACACACACACACACACACACACACACACACACACACACACACACACACACACACGACUUGGCAUGGCUGUAUUUCUUAUCAUGAGUUAAAAAGAGAAGUGCUUUGGCUAGGAUUGUUUUUAAUGUUUAGUUAUUUAAUGUGAUGAGAAUUGUACCUACUGGGUGCAGCUUUAUGUGAAUAGUGUACAUUGGAAAAAGGUGAGAGAGCUUUGUGAAAUUAAAUGGAAUGAAGGGGAGCAAUAUGUCUCAGUUUGAAUUUUUUCUGAAUAAUGGUUAAAGGGAGAUACAAGGAUUUUCUUUCAGUGCAAAGGACACAUUACAUAAAAUUCCUCAUGGGAACCAACACUAUUAAAUGAAGACAACAGUUGUCGUUUAAUGCAUAGUCAUUAGUCUCUUAUGGUAUUAAUAAUGUAAGAUGAAAUGGUUUUGUUUUGUUUCAUGGUGUU